AUGCUGGCCGUCCACCGACUGCUGCCAACACGACCUCCCUUGUCUUCACCCGCGGCGCAGCAGACCGUCACGAUCCAAGGACGCUGGAAAGACACCAGAGCCUCGCUCCACUUGCCUCCUCUGGCCGAUACGUUUACCUUCCCGCCGAACUUACACAAAGCGUCGCGUCCCCGACCGCCAUCCCGCAUAGACCUGCGCCGCCGGGACGAAGAAGCCGAGCUGCACUUCACGGAAGACGCGCUGAGGGAGCAAAGCCUCUCGCUCGAGGAGAUGGGCAACAUGUUCAGGGCAGUCGUACUCGCUGAGAAGGAGAACGCUCGGACAGCACCCGCAACACGGAACCAGGCUCGCAAGAAGGGAAAGGGCUAG